ACAGUUAUUUUCUCCCUUCAUUGCAAAGUGAUGUUUUAAUCUAAGACGUGCGGCAUAUAUCUACAUACACAGAGGCAAAAAAUGCAGCAAAGCCAUUUACUUCUUUGAUCUGCGGACAAUAGAACGAUAACUUAUCACAGAGUGGCAACAAAUUAUGGAACGUACAUACUGUACAGGAGUAUAUGUCAAGAAACUCAGAAUUUCCCAGACGGAGUCUUUUCCUUGUUGCACAAAAUAUGUCUGCGCCCAGCGCUGCUGUCAAUGUUUAUCAAUUCCGAGACUCGCGAGCUGUUCCAGAUCCAUUUCUUGAGGUUGGGUCGCAACUUUGCAUUCCGGAUUUUGUUCCAAUAGUUGUCGACAAUGGCUCUUUUCAGUGUCGGGCGGGUUGGGCCACUGCUGCAGAACCAGAACCCAAACUGGUGUUCAAGUCAGUGGCUGCUCGUAGUCGCGGUGCCUCUCGGAGUGAGACCCAGAUUGGGAAUGAUAUUCCGAACUUGGAACCAGUCCGAUGGCUCCUAAAGACACAAUUCGAUCGGAAUGUGGUAGUCAACUUCGAGAUUCAGGAGUUAAUGUUUGAUUACAUAUUUCAACAUAUUGGCAUAAAUUCAGAGGGUUGUGUUAAUCACCCAAUUGUGCUCACAGAGGCACCAUGCAACCCACUGUAUUCUAGACAGAUGAUGUCAGAGCUCCUUUUUGAAUGUUACCACAUUCCAAAGGUCUCUUAUGGAAUAGAUGGUCUGUACAGCUUCUUUCGCAAUGAGAAGGGAUCCCCCCAUCCCAGUGGACUGAUUAUUUCAUCUGGUUUCCAGUGCACUCACAUUUUACCAGUUUUAAAGGGAAGGCUGGAUGCUAAUAACUGCAAGAGAAUUAAUCUUGGAGGCAGUCAAGUUGCUGGAUACCUUCAGCGAUUGCUGCAGCUGAAGUAUCCUGGGCACCUUCCAAGCAUAACGCUCAGCAGGAUGGAGGAACUUCUACAUGAACACAGCUACUUCGCAGAAGACUACACGGAAGAACUAGAGAAGUGGCGAUCACCAGAUUUCUAUGAAAAGAAUGUGCAUAAGAUGCAGCUUCCGUUCUCUAACAAACUUUUGGUGAGCUCGUUCACAACCGAAGAAAAACUGGAACGAAGGCAGCAACAACUUCGUCGAUUGCAAGAAUUAAAUGCUCGUCGACGUGAAGAGAAACUUCAGCUAGAUCAAGAGCGGCUUGAGAAGCUGCUUAGUGUCCAGGAGCUGCUGGAUGAAGGACAGGUGGAUUUGUUUCACAAGGCACUUGUUGAACUGAACAUGGACUCUGCAGAGGAGCUGCAGUCCUAUAUCAACAAACUAGGUAUUGCCAUCGAGCAGACCAAGCAAAAAAUCCUGCAAGCAGAGGUUAACAUUGAAGUCGAUGCAGUUGAUACCAAAGCAGAGACCCCUGAUCUGGAGCAGCUGGGCAGUGAGCAGUCUCUGGAUGAUGUAGAGAGUAUAACUGAGCUAGAGCCGCUGUUCAAUGAGGAGACACCAGAAAUUGAAAAGCCAGCAAUCCCCGUACAGCCUGUGUUUAACUUGGCAGAAUACCACCAGUUGUUCCUUGGUACUGAGAGAAUAAGGGCACCAGAGAUCAUUUUCCAGCCAUCCUUGAUGGGAGAAGAGCAAGCAGGUCUUCCAGAAACUAUGCAGUAUGUCUUUGAAAGAUAUUCCAAGGAGCAACAGAAUGAGUUGGCCCAGAAUGUCUUCCUCACAGGGGGAAAUGUGAUGUAUCCUGGCAUGAAAGGAAGAAUUGAGAAAGAGCUUCUUGAAAUGAGACCAUUCCAGUCUUACUUCAAGAUCAAGAUGGCUGCCAUUCCUGCACUAGAUGCCUGGUAUGGUGCACGUGACUGGGCACUGGAAUUCAUGAACCAGGAAGAAGGCUGGAUCACAAGACAAGAUUACGAAGAAAAAGGAGGGGAAUACCUGCGGGAGCACAAAGCCUCAAAUGCCUCCUCUACAAUAAGCAUUUCCAAACAGGCCCCAAAGAUAAUUGAACCGACUGUGUAAUACAGAUGAUUAGAGGUAUCAGAAUAAUGCUGUAAUACAUUUUACUGACCGAGGAGCAGACAGAAUUGAAAUGCACUGGCAAGGAUGUUUUCUCCUAGAUCAUGUGCCUGUGGGCUUCAGUGUUUGAGAUUACAUAUUUUCAAAUUGCUGCCACACAUUGAAAAUGUAUGCACUGAAAAACAGAAUGAUGUCUGUGAAAUGGGACUCUUGUCAUUUAAUGUGAAUGAGAAAAACAGAGCCAUGAUAUUUAGUUAACGGGUGUCUCACCUCUUAAGUGUAGAAAGGAGGGAACAACACACCAGUCUUAAGAGCUGGCAGAAGUUAUAAAAGUUGUAUCCAAGAUGAAAACAACGAAUGUAAGAUGUUUUUAUCCAAGUUUGCAUACAGAAUUUUUGGUCCAUAACUCAGCUGCACAACCUGAGAGGUUCUGUGACAGACGUACUGUGAUGUGGUAAUAUACAGAGAGAUCAGAGCACAACAUUUUCAUCAGGAUCCUGUGUAUUUAAAUAUGGUACAAGAUUUCACUUUAGAAAUGGAGGAAUGAGUGCCACUAAAGAAGACUUAAUUCAACUACAAGUUUCUUCUGAUGUAGUUAUUCCAUUUCUGGAGUGACAUAUUAGAAUACUACUGGGGUUUGUUACGAGUAGUGCUGGUUACUCUGCAUUAUCCAAGUAGAUUUACUGUUUAGUAGUGUUAUCUGCACCAGUCAAAGGUCAUUUACUACUGAGUAAUUAAUUGUGUUAGUGUGUUUAUUAUACAAAGGCCUGAAUAAUGCUUAAAAUGAUUUCCUUUUGUAAAUAAAAUGCAAUAAACACUG